AUGCGUAAAAGCCCUAUUUUAAAGGAAAAUAUAAGAUUAAACAAUAACUAAAGACCAACGUAAUUGAGUAAGAGUAAAUACAAAACAACCUCUUUAGAAAAAAAUUCAAAUUCGAACAGAUCUCUAUUAAAUGAAAUAUAAAAUCAAACUCCAAAUUAACCUAAAAAAAAUACAUUUACUUAACCUUCUGAUCAAAAAUUGCAUAAUUGUAUUUAAAUAAAUUAUAAUAAGAAGGUUAAAUUCUGAAAUCAUUAAUGAAAAUAUAAAAUAGAACUAAUCCAAUAUUAACUUAAUAAAAUUGUUAUGCUGGUAUAAAAUUGAACUUUAAUAAUUACAUAUGUAUUAUUAUAUGUUUCUAAAAUUUAGUGAAUGAAGAAAAAAAAAUAAAUACAAAUCAAUAUAAUUCGUUAAAUCAAACAGUUUAACCAUCACCUAAAGCAAAAACAAUCUCAUUAUCCACUUAUACAGUAAAUUUGAAUAAUUAAUUAAAAGAGUACUUAAAGUCCAGAAGUUAGAGAGAAAGAGAUGAGAUAGGAGAAAAUUACAUCAUUUAAAUAAUUAAUUCAAUAAACCAAACAAUGUUUAGAAAAUAUAAAAAUAUAAGAUAUUAAACAAUCUAUUGAUAAGAUAUUUGACAAUACAAUUCAGCCAUUAAUUUAAUUAAAAGUAUUUCAAUAAUUUUAUUAAGUUAGAAUGAAAUAAUUAAAUAAAUUGAGAAAUGUAUUAAUGCUGAAUAAUAUUAAAUUAGAUCAACUAUUGAUUCAUUAAAAAAAAUGGAGGAUGAUAUUCUGUCUAAUGAAUUUAAUAUAAUAGAAUAUAUGACAAUGGGACCAUUUAAUGAAAUUAUGUCCAUAUAUUAAAAGAGAUUUUAAGAACAUUCUAUUUUCACUUAAUAAUUAACUUAAUAAGAACUUGUAAUUAAUUAAUUUUAAAAGUUGCAUGAUAAUUUUACAUAAUAAAAUUAAUUGUUAUGUAAAUAAUUAUCAUAAUCUUUUCAAACAUAUUUAUCUUUAUUUAUUUCAUUCUAAAAUAAGGAUGACUUUUAUGAAUUGAAAAAUAAUAACAACGUUUAAUAAUAUACUUAAAACAAUAAUUAAUAUACUUAAGAGAACUUAUUUUAAACAUGUGAAACUAAUAAUUCUAUUGAUGAAGAUUAAGUUAUCAUGAAAGAUUAACAAAUUAUAAGAAUACCAGAUAAAACAUCUUAAUUUACUUAAUUACUUAUGAUGAAAGGAUUGAAUAAUUAAAAAAAAUUGAUUUUAGCAGAAUCACCACAAUUCAAAAAUUGA